GUCUCCCGGACCUGGUGCCCGACCCCUACUACAUCCAGGCGUCCACGUACGUGCAGAAGAUGUCCAUGUACAACCUGCGAUGCGCCGCGGAGGAGAACUGUCUGGCCAGCUCUGCAUACAGGGCUAGAGAUUAUGACCAGAGAGUACUGCUAAGAUUUCCCCAAAGAGUGAAAAACCAAGGGACGUCAGACUUCUUACCGAGUCGUCCAAGAUACUCCUGGGAGUGGCACAGUUGUCACCAACAUUACCACAGCAUGGAUGAAUUCAGCCACUAUGACCUGCUUGAUGCCAACACCCAGAGGAGGGUGGCGGAGGGCCACAAGGCCAGCUUCUGUCUGGAGGACACGUCCUGCGACUACGGUUACCACAGGCGGUUUGCGUGCACCGCCCACACACAGGGGCUGAGUCCUGGCUGCUAUGACACGUACGCUGCGGAUAUCGACUGCCAGUGGAUCGACAUCACAGACGUGAGCCCUGGCAACUACAUCCUCAAGGUCAGCGUGAACCCCAGCUACCUGGUGCCUGAGUCGGACUACACCAACAAUGUGGUGCGCUGUGACAUCCGCUACACGGGCCACCACGCCUACGCCUCCGGCUGCACCAUUUCCCCGUAUUAGAAAGCAAGCCAAGACUCCCAAUGGAAUCAGUGCCUGGUGUUCCAAAGUGGGAAAAAAAUAGAUUAAACUUCAGUAGGGUUCAUGUUUUUUUGGAAAAGAGAACAGAAAACAACAAAGGCGUUUUUGCCUGGACCGUUUUACAACAAAGCAUGUAACUGGAUGUUGAGCACUUAGACCGACGUGAUUUGGGAAAUGUCGAAUACUUAUUAUUCACAUCUUUUUGUGAAUUAACUCAGUGUCGCAAUUCUGUAGUUGCAUACUUGACUCUUUCAAGGAAACCCCCCCAAUGUUUGUGCUCUUCUUGAAAUUUAGUACAAAAGGGGAAACUCUGUCAAUGAAUGAGCCAAAACUACUCUGAGCUGAGAAUUUUCUAAAGUACGGAAACUUCAGCGAAAUGUAAUAGUAACGGGCGUAUAUGUGUCCUCCGUAGAUUCAUUCGGAAAUGGUAUUCCUUCUGUUUAGAUAGAUACGGACAUGUUUGGUGCUGAGAAAGUAGCAAACACAUGACCCUUGGUGUCGAGAGUUAACCUAGAUAGCAGACAAGUGGCGAUACAUGUAUUCAGAUAGCUACACCCUAUAUACAAAUUAUGUUUACAUUUGUGUAAUUAGUAGGUAAGUUUCUUUCUGUCAAGUGCUCAGUUUCAUGCGGACUUGAGUCGACUUUUGUUUUGGAGCAAGUUUAAUAACUGACCUGCCCGACUCCAUCUGGUAUCUGGUGACACUCCCCUCUCUUCUUUUUCUUAUGGGCAGAGGCGUUUGCAAUGGCGUUCUGAACAUUAGCAUUUUGGGGCCUGAUAUUAGUAGGACAGCCAUGUAACUGAGAAGCCAUCCCAGUGACAGAUGUGAGACAUGCAGAGAUAAGACGCAUUUCAGCAGAUUACACUAAGUCAAAAAUUAAACUUCUUGCUGACAUAAAAAUCACAAGUCCUUCAAUUCACAGCUCUCUCAAGUACUUAAAAAAAUGCAGAAACAGGAUUUUCAAGAUUUCUACGUUUUUCUUUUUAUGUUCAGUAAUUAAAAAGAGGAAAGCUAAAAUUUUUAAAUUAUCCAGAAUAGAUGACUUGGGCUGUGUGCAAUACGGGAACACCAUCUUAGAUUAUUCAGGAAUCAGUCAUACGUGUGUGUGUGUGUGUCUGUCGUGCACACGGUCUGAAUCAGCGAAGCUCACAGCAUGACAUACUUGGGGGACUGUUGAAGGGGCGGAAUCCUUUCUGCAACCCCCAGGACUGUGCUGCAUAAAGAAACAGCUGUGAUUUUACUUUAAACUGUGAAACCGUGGGCCACGACAGCGUUUGGAGAAUUUCUUUUUCCUACAUUCCAAAGGUGCAGAAAGAAAUCAAAUGAGACGUUUUAAGUCAGUGGUGCUGAAGCCAAAGGUUUCCUACAUUAAUCAGUAUUAAAAGAUCAAGGGAGGUAUUUUGAGUGCCCGAACACACGAGGUUCAAUUUUCAAGUUGGCAUCCUGUAUUAUAGGGGUCGUCGGAAAAGUCGUGAUGUAUUUUUUGAAUAGAUCACGACUUUUCCGAUGACCCCACAUGUCAUAGAGGUGUAAACUGAGCACUGAUUACCAAUGAUCAGUCCACGCUUGCCGGAAGCAUGGCGUGGUAAGGGCUAGCGCCGGCAGUCAUCCAGGUCGAUAUAGCGGUACACCUGACCCUUAGCUACCGGGACGCACUCACCCAUAGAGCCGACAGACAGACCCUUCAUUGACCUAGAACUGGGCUAUAGAAUAGCUUCUCGGAUGUACCUCUUUGCCUUCAAUCGCUUUUUAGUUUUAAGUUUAUAGAGUGAUCCUUUCAAAUUGUAAUCUUUUUUAAUAGAGAUAUUUUAAUAUACUUGCUUUUUCAAAAACCAAAAACUACUGUCAGUAUUAAUACUGAGCCAGACUGGCAACUGUAGAUUGAACAUCUAUCAUUGCAUUAAUAUUCUUGCCCUCGUAAUAAAAACUAGCCAUGAGCAUGGCCUUGGGACACACGAGAGAAGACUCCCGUUCAGUCGUCCACUGGGCCUUUCCUCUGCCUAUCAUCUACCAUUGUCGGAGGCCUAGUGGGUCAUGUAUCAGGCACUCACGCGCCAGGCCUUGGGACAGGAAAACAGUCCCUAGCCUCCACAUGCAUUAAAAAUAUCAUUAUUACCCAUUGGGUUCACCUUAUUUCACUUUUAAUUACUAAAAGUACAUGUCUAUAGCAGUUCAAUUUUAAGCACUAUUGUUUUUCAUGACCAUACUCUAUUUUUAAAAAUAAGUUAAAAGUUGAUAAUUAUAUGCAUGUAUGUAUUUUUAAUAAUUAAAAAUGUUUCCAAUCCCUAAAACUGUCUGUCUUUUAAAUAUCAUGUUUUAUAUUCGAUUGCUUUCGAAAACUUUUUCCAAUUAGGAAGCUAAAGCUUCUUGCUUAUUCUUAUUCCUUAGGUGAAUAUUUUCCCCCUCCCUUUACCUUUAAACACCCCUAAAUAAUUCACAAAUAUCAAUCGAACACUCAAUAUUUUUUAACCUAAAGGGGUCGCUUCUCUGAAUAACCAUCGGAACUCAUUAGAUGGUGAAAGUGUCAAUGAAUAAAGUAAAGAGCAUAAUUCAGCCUAACCAAACUCUACAAAAGAUGUUUAAAAAACAGAAAGUAGACAUGAUACAAAGAAUGUUGAGUACUGAGAAGAGUCAGGCUUUUCCAUUAAUUAGUGCUGUGAGAAAAUAAAUAAAUAGGAAAAUCAUUGAGUUGCACAUGUCUCAUUAGGGGCCGCAUAAUUAUUCAGACCACAGUCUGGAUUAAUGGUGCCUUGGCCUUUGAGACUAAGAUUCAGCUCCCAACAGCACCAGAACAUAUAGAAAUACACAACUUGCCUAUUUCCAGAAAGUUUUUUAUAUUUUUAUAUAAUAAUUUUAUUUACAAUUUCUGUCGUCUGAUUCUUCACUAGGUAUUAUUCGUAGUAACUUUUCUUUUGUCUCUUUGAAACUUUGUAGGAUCGUCAUACCCAGUAUUCAAAUUCUAGAGAAAUGUAGAUUGCUAAAAUUUUCCUGGCACUGAGAGCUAAUUUUAGUUAGAUUGCAUGAAAAUAUUGAAUUCUUGGGCAGGAAAUAGUUUAUUUUAAAAUAAUUUUGAUACUCACGUUGUGUUAACUGCUGGCUAAAAAGUGCCUUUUUUUCCCCCUAUAAUUUUUAUGUUUGGAACUUGUACUUACAAACAAUAUAUUUAAUCAACAAAUUACAGUUCCUUCCUAGCUACCAAAAGUCCUGGGACAUUUUUCAACAUAAAGCCUUUUAUUUAUCCUUCAAGCUACAAAGGUGCUAAAUUAGUUCAACUUGAAUGUAAAAUGUAUCAAAUCUGAGCUCGAGGAAUAUAAACAAUGAAUAUAUAACUGCUUGUUAUAAACUAAGUGAUGUGUCAUUUGGUAUUACAAUGUGUUUAAGUUUUAGCUUCUCCCCAAUUUUUUAGGUAAUCCUACUUGUAGAAAAUAUGUAACUUUUCCAAAGAGUUCUUAUCUUAAAUGCCUUGAUGCUGGCUUUAUAUUCUUCUCUGCAUUUUCAUGUUCUUUCGUGAUAUGCUUAUACUAUGAUUGCAAGAUUAUGGAAAAAUGCCUUGAAUAAAUGAUUUCAAGUGUC